AUGAGAUCUCCACUCACGUUACUCAUACUAUCCACGCUGACAUUAGCCGCCGCCGAACAGUCCGCAGACCAGUUGUGUAGCAGUUUCGAUGCCCAGCAAAGUUGUGGCCAGUGUAUCAAGGCUCAUGCCGAAUGUGCAUGGUGUAUUGACCCACAUUCCUCCCUCACAAACCGAUGCCAAUUAAAAUCCAAAUUCACAAAUGAGACCUGCACACCGCAUUUGGUAUACUCCCCACAAACCGCUCAAGUAAAGACUCAACAGAACUUGCCCCUCGAGACCAAGCAACACGAUGGAAAAACCGUUGUUCGACUGCAACCACAAGCGGUGUCAGUUCGUCUCAUGCCAGGACACUCCGCCACCGUCUCCUUCAAAUACCUUCACCAAACUGACCAAAAUAGAAGAUCUACCGAGCCAGAAACAAUGGAAAUCCAAACUUCCGAUGUCAGAGACUCUCCACUCAAUUUGAAGUUCUUCAUUGUAUGUGAAGGAGAGCUGAAGGAAACCAAGUCAUGCCGUGUUCAGAAUAAUCAAAUCGUUGAAUUCAAGAUUGAGAUACUUGUCAAUUCUUGCUCCAGUACCGGCGAUAUUACACUCUCAGUUGGUAUUCUUGGACAACGCACGAUUGCUGGUCUCUACGUCACAACUAUCUGCGGGUGUGAAUGCGAAAAGCAUCCGGAGAUCAACUCACGACUCUGCCAUCAAAAUGGGCAUCUUGUGUGCGGACAAUGUGUUUGUGAUCAGUCCCGUGGUGGAGAUAAGUGUGAAUGUCCAUUGGCUUCUCAUGGAGUGUCUACUGCCGUGGAAUUGGAGAAUAAGUGUAGAUUCAAUUCAUCCUCCCCAGUCUGCAACGAUUCCGGAAAAUGCAAGUGUGGUCAAUGCCAGUGCAACAAGCCUACGGUGACCGGCAAAUUCUGUCAAUGCGACAACGACAGCUGCCCACUGGCGGUCAAUGGAAAAGUGUGCUCUGGAAACGGCGUAUGCGAUUGCGGAGUUUGCAAAUGCGAAAUGGGAUGGGAACGUGAUGAUUGCUCCUGCGAGACGGCGUCCAAUAAUUGUGUAGAGAAUGGGACUGAGAAACCAAAGGAAGCAGAGCCAGAAGAAGAGGAGGAGCCAGCAACCACUAUCAAAACUGUGGAGAACAUCUCUGACAUCGAACCAGUCAAGGAAAUGCCAUCAGAUGAUGAACUUGAGAAAGAAUUGGAUGAUGCUGCCAAACCCAAAGGACAAACCUCUUCCAGCUCAUUGGUUUAUAGAGUGGCCUCCGUUUUGGUGGCUGUUAUUUUCUUUUUCUAA